AUGGGAGGAGUUCGAGCAGUAGCGGCUCUUGCCUUUUCUGGAGUUGUUGGACUUACAUUUCUGGUAUUGGGAUGCGCGCUGCCUAUGUACGGCGUUUGGUCACCAAUGUUCGUUAUAACGUUCUACGUGCUCUCACCAGUUCCAUUGUUGAUCGCUAGAAGAUUCCAAGAAGACAUGACCGGCACGAAUGCCUGCAUUGAGCUCGCGCUCUUCAUCACCACAGGAAUCGUUGUCUCAGCAUUCGCUUUGCCAACAGUUCUUGCACACGCUGGAGUGAUCAAAGGCGGCGCCGCGGUUCUAACAAAUAUUGGAUCGGCUGUGAUGUUCGGCACUAUCAUCGCCUACUUCUAUCUCCAUCGUGAAGACGAUAGCGGAAGUUGGAGCCAAUCGCUGUUCUAA